AUGAGCGCUCCCGCCGCUCGCCAGGAUGCUACGCUUUCCGCAGCCAGCUUUCUCGCCUCCAUCAACGCUGAGUCGAGCACUUCCUUUGGAUCGGACGUAUCGACAUCUGCUGCAAAGUCAACUCCAUCGCUCCCCAUCUCGGCCAAGGUGGCGCUCAUCGAUGCUCAGAUCGAAUCUCUCGAGGCGCGCAUAGAGCAGACCAUCACAACACAUGCUGCUGUGCUUCGUGAGCGAGCAGGCUCCACUCGCACCGUUGAUCGCAACCUCAAUCAAUUGUGGCGGUCCGUCAAUCAGACAAGCUCCCGUAUCGUGACGAUCGGUCCUCAACUGACUCCUAUAGCAUCCGAAUACCACGAAGCACUCGCGCAGAGUUCCAAGCAGCGCCUUCUCAUCUCGGUCUUGUCCGAUUUGCUUGCAGCUACCCGCCAGCUUGAAGUCGUCGAGAAGCUGCAGCGACAGCCCGAGUCGUCGACUUUCAAAGAUCAGCUGGCAUUAGCCACCAACCUCAUGCAACCCUUCCGAUCCUCCCCUGCACUUCAAAAUCUUCCAGCUGUCUUGGAGCUUCAGACUCGCCUUGACCGCCUCGAAAAGGAGAGCACAAAGUCUAGUUCAUCUCGUCAAAGCACCAACACAAUACAAGAAGCCCCACCAGAUCAAGUUCGGGCUACUACAACAAGCAGCAUCAGCAAGCACAUGGAUGUGCCGAAUGUUGAUAACACACCUGCGCUUUCUCCCGCUCUCAAAGUGCUCGAAGCUGCUCGUGCUAUCAUCGUGUCGCGCGAUGCCCAAGCAGGAUGGAAGGAAAUCCGUAUCGAAUUAGACGCACCUUCUCCGCCACCUCCGGACACCUUUAUACCGGCUCCUCAAGCCAGCUUACCAAAGAUGCAGCCGAGCACAUCAUCAAUCGACGCACGUCCCGAGCAUAUGCUCAGCGAAGAAAUGUAUCCAGGAUCGGCGUCAUUGACACGAACUUCUUCGUCCUCCUCGGCAUCCAAUGCGCGAAGCAGACACAAGCCCAGAUUGGGCGCACGUGUGAUUCGUCCACAAGAUCAGCUCGGCAGCGGUCCUUUCAACGCCCAAGACACUUCCCUCGAUGGGGACGGGGACGGGGACGGGUGGGGACUCGAUGAGGAUGACGAAGAUCUCACUGACGCUCCGCAUGCAGCAAGCACCAACACUGCUGCUCAUCAGUCUCAUCCAGCGCUGAUUGCAGGGCUGCCAAUUCAUCAAAGUGUCGCGUCCCUUGCGCGCGACGAGCGCUUUGGCUCUCCCAGUAGCUCUGUAGUGAUGCAGAGGAGCAUGAGUUCCGCCUCUUCGCAACAAAGCGCAUUGGCGAUGCAAGAACCAGCGUCUCAUAGGGAAGCCGCAGAUAGCAAUGACGUCGACGCAUGGGGCCUGGGCGAGGACGAGAGCAAUGACGAAGCAGAUGCCUGGGAUCUGAAUGACGACAACGUUAUGCAACAGUCACCAGAGUCACCAAACAAAACAAGAGCUUCAGUGUUGCCACUGAAUGGAAGCGUCACAGCGCCUUCAUUGACGGUGGCUGCACCUGCCCACGAUGCAUGGGGUGUGCAGGAUGGAAAUGCCGACGCUGACGAUGAUCCAUGGGAGACAGAAGAGCCCUCAAAGCAGACAGAAUCUGCGGUAAAUACCACCGUAGCAGCAUCUGCACGACAAAGCAACGCAGAGCUUUCGUUUCCAGAUGCCGAUGAACCGUUGGAGACGGCUGAUCAGCCGGAGCAGAGUGCAGCACAACUUGCAUCCAGAGCAGCUGGUAGCGCUCCCACUUCAACACCACAGUUGCAACACGAUCUCAUUCCAUCCUCUUCCACCGCUCUGGAAGGCAACGCAGACACGUUCGUAUUGGUCACUGAGCAGAUCAAACCUUCCGCACAAGCACAACAAGGGCCAACACUGGUCGCCUCGCACGAUGCCGAACAAAAGGUCGAAGUCACACGAUCAACGUCUUUCGUGGCCGAGGUGCCUGCAAGCGUUGAGGCUGCCCAAGUCUUCGAACAACCCAUUGCGACAGGCGCCAAUGAGGAUGAGGCCGAGGAGCAAGACGCGGAUGCGUGGGGCUUUGAAGAAAGCUCGAGUGCGUCUGAAGCUGACCGCGCAGAAUUGGCUCCAAUCACGCCCUUGCAGAAGCAAACGGCGUUAGAGAAGCUGGCUGCCCAAGAAGCAUCGACUGUGAAGACAAAGGCAGUCUCGGCACCUUCGGCAGCAGCCGUCUCGGUCAAGUCAACGCGCCAGGACUCGCAAGCUCGUGAGAGUGACAUCGCUUCCAGCCCGUCAUCGCCCUCCGGAUGGGGUGAAGAUUUCUCCGAUCCAGAAUCUAUAGACGUGCCAGCAUCAGGAUCACACGAAAAAAGGGCAGCUCAGCCAAACACCAAUCGCAUCGCCUCAUCUAUACGGUCUGUCUCGAGAGACCGAGAAUCAGUUGCAGGCACCGCAGCAGGAGACGCACAGAAGCUGUCCAAUGCAACGCCUUCUGCAGCUACCGAACUCAAGGAAGAAUGCACCAUCAGCCAACGUUCGCUGGACCUUGUCAAUCUAGCCGAAUCCACCAUGAGUUCGGUUCUGGCAAAGCUGCAAGGCGGGCACGCUACCGAUGGCGACGAAGACAAGGACAAUGUUGAAGCACUUGCGGGCACCGUCUUCAAGAUCUUUGAGCUACACCGUGCACUGAUGCCUGUGGCUCACGGCGAGGUGCUUCGAGACGUCCCGUCGCUGGCGAUGCAAUUCUUCAACGAUUGCGAGUAUCUUGCUCGUGAGCUGAGUCGUCUUGUGGCUGACAAGGGCGGCGAUAUUGCGACAGCCUGGAUCGCCCACGAUAUGGAGGCGGCCAAGCGAUGGAAGUCGAAAGAGCUGGUAAAACUCGAGCAGGAAGCGACCAUGACGAGAAGCUUAGGACAACGGUGGUUCGAAGCCCAAAUGACGGCGCAAACAAAAAUCUUGCUGGACACGCUGAUGGAAGCGGAUGGGUUUGCACGAACUUUUGACGAUCACCGCUUUGCACGAUGCGAGAGAUGUAUCAAGCAAGUGGUGCAGACGCUGCAGCAGCUUUCCAAGGCUUGGCGACCGGUUCUGAUCACCUCUCGAUUCCACGCUGCUAUUGGUGGAUUGGUGGAUUUGGUAUUUCAAAAGAUCCUGCACGACGUGCUCGAUCUGGAAGACAUUGGCGAGAGUGAGUCGGAAAAGAUCGCGUCGCUGGUCAAGACGCUGGGUAGCUUGGAGAGUCUGUUUACGGCUGAAGGCGCGGAAGAGGCGAGCGCGGCGCCGCUGUGGGUGCCAAGUUGGUUCAAGACAUCGUAUUUGAUCGAGAUUUUGACGGGAUCUUUGGUGGAUAUCGAGUUCCUGGCUUUCGAAGCGGGUGCGUUGGUCGAUUACAGUCGCAAAGAGUUGACGGUACUGAUCAAGGCGUUGUUCGCUGAUACACCGAAUCGGGCCAAACUGUUAAGGAGGAUUGAGAGUGCUCCGGUUGAGGUGCUAGCUCACUAG